UUAGUCUAGUGGGAGAUAUAGGGUUACUCCCUUCAGUAACACACUCCUCUACACUUGAGAGUCCGGUGAAGGCGACCUCUGUAGAGACUUCCGGAUGUGGUUGUAGUAAACAUGGGCUGUGGAGGCAGGCACUGAGGGAGGACCAGGAGAUGCGCUUGAAAUUCUGAAAUGAUGUGUUUGGAAGAGCUGACGUUGGAGCAGGGGAUUGCAGAGUGUCCAGAAAAUGUCAGCGACCCCCGCCACUGCUUGGACGCCUGUGGGCUGACCUGCGUCCCCUAGAAUGCCUGGAUGGUUCAAAAAGGCGUGGUAUGGGCUGGCGUCUUUACUCAGCUUCUCCUCCUUUAUCCUGAUCAUUGUGGCCCUGGCAGUGCCCCACUGGCUGAGUGGGAAAAUUCUUUGUCAGACUGGAGUGGACCUGGUCAAUGCCACGGAUCCAGAGCUCAUCAAGUUCAUUGGGGAUAUUUACUACGGGCUCUUCCGAGGAUGUAAAGUACGACAGUGCGGGCUCGGGGGCCGCCAGUCCCAAUUCACGAUCUUCCCACACCUGGUGAAGGAACUCAAUGCAGGCCUCCACGUGACCAUUCUGCUGCUCCUCUUCUUGGCCUUGGCCCUGGCUCUGGUCAGCAUGGGAUUUGCCAUUCUCAACAUGAUCCAGGUUCCAUACAGGGCAGUCAACGGCCCCGGGGGCAUCUGCCUAUGGAACGUCCUCGCAGGCGGAGUCGUGGCCUUGGCCAUCGCCAGCUUCAUGGCCUCCGUGAAGUUUCACGACCUGACCGAGCGCAUUGCCAACUUCCAGGAGAAGCUCUUCCGCUUCGUGGUGGUGGAACAACAGUACGAAGAGUCCUUCUGGAUCUGUGUGGCCAGUGCCUCGGCCCAUGCAGCAAAUUUGGUAGUGGUGGCGAUCAGUCAAAUUCCACUCCCCGAGAUUAAGACCAAAAUCGAAGAGGCCACGGUCACGGCUGAGGAUAUCCUGUACUGAUCACCCUCUCCUGCUCACACCCUAGCCUGAGUCAGUUCUGCAGUGUGAACGGGGACCUCAUUUUUUUGUGCUGGCUUUGCAGUCCAGAACACCUGUGCUCCUAAGAAGAAGGAAAUGGAAGGAGAAAGAACGGUGCCUGGACCAGAACAGAAAGGUUUCCCCAACCCCUGGCAUCCCUGCCUUUCCCUCUCACUGACCUUGGAGUUAGAGACUCUGCUUCUUGCCAGCUGUGUGGACACGGACGACUCACUUAAUGUCUGCUUCUCAGUUUCCGCCUCUGUAAAGUGGGGGUGGUAAGGACCUCACAAGGUUGUAAUGAGGUUUAAAGGGGCAGUAAUGUUGCCAACCUGUGAAUCAAUAUAUGUAUCUACAAUCAGAGCACUCUACAAACACAAGGUACUGAACAUUCCACUAAAUGCCUGCAGACCCCUCUAUUCCACACAAUGUUACGGGGGAUGUAAACAGGCAUAUGGUAAUAUCCCUGUCUGUCCGCCAGAAACAUCUAAACUUUCCACAGGACGCAGGAAUCAGAUGGCAACAAUAACACUCAGAAUGAAAGUAACUUACCUUUUUUUACCAGUUACUACACACUGGACACUGUCCUAAGAGUUCUACAUAUAUUAGGUCCUCACUACAAAUUCAGAUCAUUGGUACUACUUUAUUUCCAUUUCAUAGGUGAAGAAACUAAGGUACACAGACAUUGAGUAACUUGCUGAAGUCAAGAAUUCAGUUGAAGAAGUCUGCAACCAGAGUUUAUACUUGUAACCACUUUGCUAAUCUGUUGUUUGAGGUUCAAGCAAUUGGAAUGCAAUGUGAUAAACACUGUGACGGUAAAUGCAUGAAAGACUGAGGAAGGGAUUAACUCUUCCAGAUGCGAUGUGGUAUUAAAGAAAGUAUCACAGAGUUGACAUUUGAUCUGAACUUCGAAAGAUGAGUAGACUUUUUCCAGUGGUGAAGGAAGCAGGUCUGGAGAAGGGCAUUUCAGGAUGAGUCAGUAACGAGGGGGAGGCACAAGG